CGCGGAGAUGGUCGGUACUGCGAGAGUCCGGAGUCUCUCUUCUUCAGACUACAAGCGGCUGCACUUCCUGAGAAGGAGGAGGAGGAAGCAAACGGAUCCGGUGGGAUAGAGAAUAAUCCUUGUUGUCCUCUUCCUAUCUGCUGUUCACUCAACGCAACCAACCAUGCAAGCAAGAUGCGAGAAUCAAAGCUGCAGCCAGCAUCUUCACAGGAGUCUAAAGCUUACGAAGUUUAUGAACGUGACCACUGCACAACUUUUAAAAACAUAUAAAGCCAGUAACGGGGAUUCUACGGACCUGAUCUGCGAUAUGAAAAUGGUCAACGUUCCAGUAUCGACCAUCUCUGGUCAGAGCAUAUCCGAGCGCAUCUCCAGUGUUUAUACCCGCCUAAAAGAAUUCCUUCCUCACCUAAAGACAGUAGUGGAGCAACAGAAAGACUUCGAACCUCCAACCAACCCUGUGGCCGAAGGACUUAAGCAUAUGAUUGCACAUGUUGACCGCAUUUCUCCGAUUGUAAACUGUCUUCUCCAAGUUCUGAAGCCAAAUAUACCUAUUCCUGAGCCAGCUGAAAGACCAACCGGAAUUCCCCCCGCGCAAAAUACUUUCCAGCAGAAGGCCUAUGGAUGCAUUGUCCUUUCGCGGCUACAGGAGUUCCUUAGUCAAGCAUUUCACGAACUGAAGUCUCUUAGGGGUAAAAAGUGCAGGAGAAGGACAGAAAUACCAUCACUCAACUAGGGACUGGAAAAUGAUGUCUGUAACUUAUUACUAUUUAUUUUUGCACAUACAUUCCUGUAGAGAUGUGUAAAUGAGUUAAUGGUUUAUGUUGAUAUACAGUAUUUAUUUAGAUAAUUUAUUUCUGUCUUAAUUGUCUUAUCCUUGUAUGUAGGGAAAGAUAACAUUAUGUAAACUGAUAAGUGUUGCAAUAAUUUGGAUCAUCUUAUCUGGUGGUCUUCAACUGGUUUACUGUAGGUCCUUAGUACCUACAGUAUGUUAUUCAGUUAUAGUUUGUUACAUAUAUAUACUGUAUAUAUAUAUAAGAUGUCAUCAAACCUAUACCUGACCACACGUUUUGCCCCCUUUUGCCUAGAAAGGUUAAAACCAGUUCAAUUUCUUAGUAAAAUUCUCUGUGAGGUCAUGUAUGUUGUCACAGGCAUUUGUUUUGAUAACAAAGAAAUCGACUGUGAUGUAAAACGUUAGCCAUAUUGGCUUUUAUGGUCAUUGCUAACUCCUGGCAAGAUCCGAGUACCCUAGUUAAGUACCGUCUGAGACAUAGCCUUGUGUCGAGACCAUUUUAGAAGACAGGAAGUGCAAGAGACGGUGAUAUCAGCCCAUAAUGACGCAUUCAUUUCACCACAUGCAUAAAGGAAAAAAACUGACUAGCCGUCUCCCCUGUCACAAGGUAUGAAUGUGUUACUGCCCAUGUGUGUUUGUGAACGAAUCUCAAGCUCUUCCUUUCAUAAUAAAGACUUUAACGUUUA